GGGGACAUAAAAGACAUGUUCCUCAGAAUAAAAAUCCUACCUGAAGACCAAGAUGCUUUACGAUUUUUAUGGCGAGAUACCCCUAAGGAUAAAUUAAAAGUCUGCGCCAUGACAUCUUUAAUCUUUGGCGCUAACUGUUCACCGUUCAUCGCUCAAUUUAUUAAAAAUAAGAACGCACAGAGGUAUGAAUCAUCGAAGCCAGCCGCAGUAAAAGCCAUCCUGCAGCAGCACUAUAUGGACGACUAUAUCGACAGCGUUGAUAGCAUAGAAACAGCGAGGCAGUUAAUAAAGGAGGUUACUUUCAUUCACGGACAAGGCGGAUUCGAAAUAAGAAACUGGACAAGCAACUUCAAAGAAGUUUUAAGUUACAUUCCAACCGAAGCCUUAGGACCUACUGCUGUAAGGUUCGAUAUUGAACAGCAUUCAGAACGCACUUUAGGUCUUAUGUGGUUUCCUAAACAAGAUACCUUAGGAUUUGACGUAUCAUUCAAGCGUAUUCCUACCAACAUAGUCGCGGGUGAAAAAAUACCUACAAAGAGAGAAAUGCUACGAGUUAUUAUGUCAAUAUUCGAUGUGUUUGGGUUCUUAUCACCAUUCACUAUUAGAGGAAAAAUAAUUCUACAAGAAACAUGGCAAUCCGGAAUUGGCUGGGAUGAAUCACUUACGGAUGAACUUUAUAUUAAGUGGACCGAAUGGCUUAAAUCGCUAAAAGGUAUCAGUCAAAUAUCUAUACCACGUCAUUAUCUCGCGGCAGCACGGGCGAGCGAGAUGGAAGACGUACCUAGUGCACUGAACAGCGGGGGCAGCGGUGUUUACGAUAAACUCGCAUUACAUGUUUUUAGCGACGCGUCAACAAAGGCGAUGUGCGCCGUCGCAUACUGGCGCUGGGAAAGGAAUGAUAAAAUAUACGUUGCUUUCAUCGCGAGUAAAUGUAAGGUGGCGCCGAUAAAACAAUCACUAUCGGUACCACGGCUUGAACUUCAGGCUGCAGUUUUGGCCGCUAGAUUGGCGGACACUAUAGUUACACAACAUAAAAUAAAACCACGAAAUAAAUACUUUUGGAGUGACUCAACUACUGUACUGCAUUGGAUAAGAAACGACGCUCGGAAUUACCAAACGUUCGUAGCGCAUCGAUUAGGGGAGAUUGAUGAACUUACCUGUUCAAGCGAAUGGCGUUAUGUGCCUACCAGGCUGAACACAGCAGACGCUGCCACUAGGGAAGAAUGCGACAUGGCUAUAUUAGAAGGCGCAUGGCUGUACGGCCCUAGUUUUCUAUGUUGCAACGAAGCUGAUUGGCCUGAAGACCUGCUAAUAUCUAAUUCGACUGUUCAAAAUGUCACUGAAUAUGUAGCUACGAUAGGGAAAAUUACACUAUGCUUACCUGCCUGUCCUGAUCCUGAGAGGUUUUCUUCGUGGAUUCGCCUUUUGAAAUCUACAUGCAUGGUGUUGGCGUUUGUGGAUAAGCUAUGCAGGAAGCGUACCGGUGAAGUGGACGGUGCAAUGACAGACCGCGCGGAGAAGUUAUUGAUGCGGUACGCACAGGCUCAGUCAUUUGUUGAAGACCUGGAACAGCUGAAAAAAGGAAAAUCAUUAGAUAGGAAAAGUAAUUUACUUACCGUAUCACCGUUCCUCGACGAGCAGGGUGUCCUCCGGGUGGGAGGCCGCAUCGAUGCUGCGCCUGGAAUAGCAAGAGAUAUGAAGCAUCCAAUAAUCUUAGAUGGACGUCAUCCCACAGCAAGGCUUAUCAUAAUGCAUUACCAUAAAAAAUUCGCCCAUGGAAAUCACGAAACUGUAAUAAAUGAAAUAAAGCAACGAUUUUGGAUAUUGCGCCUUCGCCCAACGGUCAAAAAUAUAGUAUCAAAAUGCGUGCUAUGCCGAAUCCGCAAGGCGCGGCCGCAACAGCCAAGGAUGGGAGACUUACCGGAGGCGAGGCUAGCACACCAUCAACGACCCUUUACCUAUUGUGGGUUGGACCUCUUUGGUCCUAUGAAAAUAGCUGUCGGACGACGGCAUCAAAUAAGAUAUGGCGUGCUAUUUACAUGCAUGACUGUAAGGGCUAUUCAUAUAGAACUGGUGCAAACACUUACCACGGACUCCCUAAUAAUGGCCCUUAGAAGAAUGGCGUCGCAACGUGGCUGGCCGUCAAAUUUGCUAUCCGAUAAUGGAUCUAACCUGAGAGGCGCAGAUAAUGAAUUGAAGAAGGCGAUGCAUGAGUUGGACCAGGACAUACUGAAAAAGGAGGCCGUGAAUUACGGCACCACGUGGACUUUUAUACCGCCGUUGAGUCCCCACUGGGGUGGGGCCUGGGAACGCCUGAUUAGAAGCGUGAAAACGUCGCUCAAGGCGAUCCUCAAAGAAAGAGUUCCAAGAGAGGAAGUCUUGAUCACUCUGAUGGCAGAGGUCGAACAGAUAGUCAACAGUCGACCUCUCACUCACGUCUCUGUUGAGCCUGCUACCACAGAGGCGAUUACCCCUAACCAUUUUCUUUUAGGUACUUCCUCGAACCUUCCAUUGCUCGGGGCAUUUGAUGACUCCGACUUGUUCCUGAGGAAGCAGUGGCGCAUCUCACAGCUCCUGGCUGACCAGUUCUGGCGUCGCUGGGUGAAAGAAGUCCUACCACAGAUGCUACCACGGAAGAAAUGGCAUCACGAAUCCCAACCACUACAGAUCGGCGACUUAGUCGUCAUCGUCGAUCCCAAUAUGCCGCGAGGCGUCUGGCCCCGAGGCAUCAUCGAGGCGGUGCUGCCAGGAAGGGACGGGCGCGUGCGAGUGGUGGACGUGCGGACGAAGUCGGGGCUGCUAAGGAGGCCUGCAGUACGCGUCGCAAUCCUACCUGUUGGAGAAGAGUGCUGAGCCCAGCACUGGGGGGGAAUAUGUUAGCG